UUUUCACUCUAUCGAUACCGAGAUACGUACUCUAUUACCCACGCAUACUAUUAUACACACACAUAUCCAUAACACAUACAAGAGAAUUGCGUUUGCCUCAUGACGGUCUCCCAAUCCUCUACGAUUCGAAGAACGGCGCACGAUCCCUACGGUGCUGCGGUACGGAUCACCGUACCGUCGGAUGCGACAUUCCCCGACAACAACAACAAAGACCACAAUAAUGGUGCGCACACCACCGAUCAGGACGAUGAUUGGAGUGUGCAGGUAGAACAACUCUUGGACGAUUUACAAGCCUUUUCAUGGAUGCCGCAUUCCGGAAACGCAGCGUACGUCCGGACGACUAUUCAUCCCCGUGAAACCGUACCCGACCGCACGAGUGUCACAUCGAGCACCACCACAAAGUCGCAUCAUCCCAUCCGGAACACUGUGAGUAGUGCCUCACCACCCGUCGUGGCGCCAGCCGACCAUGAGGACAAGCCGGAGGAGAGUCAAGCCCGUACGUGGGCUCGUCGGAUGCGUCGGGCUGUCCAAAGCUGGACCCGAGCACAAGCCGCUCUCGCACACGAGGCCCAAGAGCGGGAAGAAACCAUCCGGAAACUCUCCCGUGAACUGAAUACCUGGCGUCGGGAUGUUCCUCUCGCCUGGAAACAUCACUGGCGGAUCCAGGAACAAUUGCGCGAUACCGUUCGCAAGCAGCAAGACAGAAUUGAUGCGUUGCAGCAAGAACUCUUGGCUGCCCAACAACAAAAAGGGAAGGAAAAUGCUUCUGGUAGAGCCACCACCGAUGCAGUUCUCUCUCGGUCCACGUCCGGGCCAUCCCUUCCCGCCACGAGAGACGAAACCGGUCCAACCCACGUGCACGAGCCCUCGCCCAGCCCACUCCCUCGCGAACCGACAGUUGCUCCUACUCAACCACCACAAUCUCUACCACCCGCAACCCAAUACAUUUCCGCACCAUCCAUCUCCCCCACACGCACGUACGACGUUGUUUCCGUCAUGACUGACGAACGGUCCGAAAUCUCCCGCCAAUCCUUCCCCUCGACAACUCCCCCUGCAAACUACCUCAAACCGUGGACUCCGGGCCUCGGUAAGACCCCCGCUUCCAGGGUUUCCCUAUCUCCCAACACGCAUCCUUCCCAGCCCUCGAUGCCGUCUACUCCGUUCGUCCAAACCACGCCUUCUCGCACCGCUCACCGACGCACAGUCCGGGACCCUUCCGGAACCAUCGUUACACACUAUCAGAACGGUGCGCAGAAAGAAAAAUACACUGACGGGACCGUACUCAUUCGCUAUCCCAACGGAGAUUUGGAAACCCGACACCGAGACUCCACCGCUUAUCUUUUCAGCAAUUUGCAGACGCUCCAAAUUAACCAAAUGGACGGGUCCAUCGUGUGGGAGUUCCCCAACGGACAAACCGAACGACACUGGCCCGAUGGUUCCAAGGUCGUGCGCUUUCCCGACGGGCAGUCUCGGGAAUUCCAUCCAAACCCUAGUAGCCGUCCGGAGACGCCCGUUGCGCACGAAACCUUGACCGUUCUGUGA